AUGUGUUUCCUCGCCGUCUCAGCACUACCGCCACCACCAAACUACCAUCAACCACCCGCCUUUGACGGACCAUAUCCACCGCCACCGCCAUCAUUAUACUUCCAGCAGCCUGCCUUUGAUGGACCAACACCAUUCAUUGAACUACUCUACACCAACACCACCCACAACAAACCUACUGUUAAAAUCUAUUGCAAAGCUGGUCCUAGUUAUCAUCUUACGAUCAGAGAUGGUAAAGUUGUUCUUGCUCCAUCUGAUCCCUCUGAUGAAUUCCAGCACUGGUACAAAGAUGAGAAGUUCAGCACAAGGGUGAAAGAUGAAGUGGGUUUCCCCAGUUUUUCUCUGGCUAAUAAGGCCACUGGUCAAGUCAUUAAACACUCCAUUGGAGCUUCUCAUCCUGUCCAACUGGUACCUUACAAACCAGAUCUUGACGAGUCCGUACUAUGGAGCGAGAGCAAGGAAGUCCAUGAUGGCUACAGAGCUAUAAGAAUGAUUAAUAACAUUCGCCUGAAUUUAGAUGCUUUCCAUGGUGAUAAGAAAUUCGGUGGCAUCCACAAUGGUAUACCGUGUGUUGUGGCAAUGGAACAAGGGAGAUAACCAGAUAUGGAGGAU